GGGCUAUAAGGGCUGCAGCCAUGCGGGGCGGGAACCAGCCAGGCCAUGGCGGAGGUCCCCGGAGCCCAACGCUCGGCUCUCGCUGGCGGCCCGGAGCCCCGGGAUCCCCUGGAUUGCUGGGCCUGUGCAGUACUAGUAACGGCUCAGAAUCUACUGGUGGCUGUCUUCAAUCUUCUCCUGUUGGCACUAGUCCUGGGGACCAUCUUGCUACCCGCUGUCACCAUGUUGGGCUUCGGCUUCCUCUGCCACUCCCAGUUCCUGCGCUCCCAGGCACCCCCUUGCACCGCCCAUCUGCGGGACCCAGGCUUCACGGCCCUGUUGGUCACUGGAUUCCUGCUGCUGGUGCCACUGCUUGUGCUUGCCUUGGCCACCUACCGCCGCCUCUGCCUGCGCCUCCGCCUGGCCGACUGCCUGGUACCCUACAGCCGAGCCCUCUACAGGCGCCGGCGCGUCCCACAGCCGAAGCAAAUCCCGGCCUCACCGGAGUCCCGGGCUGUUCCCACACCGGGAAAGGUCUGGGUUUGAGGUGCCUUAAAUCAAGAAUUCUGUCGACUGUUCUCAUGGUCGCGCAAGGACUGAAGCAAGCCCAGGAGUAUUCUGCCCUGCCCUGCUCCUUCCCACUGCCUGAGUCAGGUCCUGGCAUCCCUUGGAUGGAGCAGCAUCACCUGGGACCCAACGCUGGCGAAAUUGCCCCAGAAAAUAUCAUCCUGCACGUUUGGGCUGGACCCUGGACAGCUUUCCCUGCCCAGCAUGAAUAGGAGGGCUGGACUUCGUGCCUUCCUUAGCUGGUGCUGCUCCUCUAAUGUACGGGAUAGAAGAAACCAUCACAAAUAAUAAAGAAUUUAUGAAAUGAA